ACAAAUAUGGUCUCUUCAAAAUGUUGGUAAGCUAAGCUAAUUUACCUACUAACGAUGGAUAUGAGCGUGCAAUGUGUUUAGACGAAAACAUGUAGAAGCAUGUUGCAUAACUUUGUUACGGGCCAAAACCCAAUACAGUGAUCGAUACUUGUCAAUUGUUAUGCCUCACUUUUGAUAAGUCGGCUAACUUAGCUAUGCUAGCUCAGCAGCUAACGAAAGUGGGCUGCUAAGACACGAUGUCCUGUUCGUGCUGUGAGGGAAAAAAAAAACAAAAACAAUGGGAGCAAUGGGCGUCAGACAUUUGUGUCUCUGUUAAGUAAUUUCACUGUUGUUGACAACGUAGGCCUGUUGUUAUUUGACAAAAGACAAACAAUGAAAUCUCUUUUAUGCAGACAAAAUUAUCUAACCUAAACAUAAACGAUUCAUCAGUGGUACAGCAUUUUGCACAGUCAGAUUCAUCUUAUUAACUGCUACAUUACCAUGUUUUGUGUUCCUUUGUCAAAUCGUUGACAAAAGAACAUGGUAACAUUUUUAGACUACUCAGAUUCACAGAAAUGCUAGGGUGUUGGGAGUCCCAUAGUGGCAGGGUUACAGAAAUUUGAAAAAUAUACCUCAGAUUUACUGUAAACAGUUAGCUAUAUUGCUAAUGUUGAGCCACUGCUACACUUGACUAUGCACUAGUAUUUCUCGUAUUGUUGAUUUGAAUAUGUUAGAACAUUAUGUGGAGACUUGUGAUGGUCCUGUCUCGCCAGUGUCUAUUAAAGAUUUGAGGAUGUAUUUACGUGAUUCUCAUUUGAACUUUCGAAAGGGAACAUUAUCAAGCUGCAGCAAGAUGCAACCCAUUUAAAUUACAUUGUCCUGUGGUUUUUGAAAAGUUACAAAGGACACUGAAAACAUAGUGAAACAUGUUGAUUAAAAAAUCUGAUGUUGGCCAGGUAAGUGUGUUACUGAAGAAGAAUAAUUGUGAGUGCGCUCCCUGCCUCUGUGUGAAAACAACAGAGAGCAUUGCACAUAUUGUAAGAGCCUGCUCAGACCAUCACAUUCUGCCCACGUGACGAGGACGCUCCACAAUGGUGAAAAUAUUCAUUGGAAACUUGUCAGCAGACACUACAUCAGAUGAACUUCGCUCCCUCUUCUCCCAGUAUGGCAAGAUUGCAGAAUGCACCAUUGUCAAGAACUUUGGCUUCGUGCAUAUGGAUGACAAAGCAGAGGCAGAAGAAGCCAUCCGCAACCUCCACCAUUAUGAGUUAAAUGGUCAGCCCAUGAAUGUAGAACUAAGCCGUGGCAAGUCAAGAGGGUCCACUAAACUACAUGUUGGCAACAUUGCCUGUACUAACCAGGAGCUGAGAGCCAAGUUCGAAGAGUUUGGCACUGUGUUGGAGUGUGACAUAGUAAAAAACUAUGCUUUUGUUCACAUGGAGCGAAUGGAGGAUGCCAUGGAGGCCAUUAAUCAAUUAGACAACACGGCCUUUAAAGGCAAACUGAUGAGCGUGAAGCUUUCGACUAGCCGCCUGCGUACUGCGCCGGGAAUGGGAGACCGCUCGGGUUGUUAUCGUUGCGGGCAGGAAGGCCACUGGUCCAAAGAAUGCCCUCUAGACCAAAAUGGCUACCACAGAAACGGCUCUGAGCCGACGUCUGAUGGAUACGAUACUUCGAGAUUUGGCGGGCGUGGUCGCAGCCGGGGUUACCCUCCGGACUUCAGUGGCGGUCCAGAUUAUGGUGGCAGCUAUGCUCCAGUACAUGGUUUUUCCCGGGGUUCUGGUCACAGCAACAGCAUGGCAGGGUACAGACGGGGUGCAGGCUACGAUGGUGCAAUGAGAUACGGGCCGCACCCAGGUUAUGGCAUAAGCGCUGUUGCCGAACAUAGCAUGGCUCGGAUGUAUGGCAGCGAUGCGGCAUACAGGAGCAACGGCUCACUCUAUGGCGCGGUACCAGCCUACCCGAUGCGACGGUCGCCUUACGAGGAACGGGAUCCGUACGGGGUCGUGGACUACUACGAGAAGUACAGGGCCAAUUCUUACGGAGGCAGUUAUUUCGAAGAACGUCGCGCUGUCCCUUUGCCUGCUCCAUCAACAUCCUCCUCCACAGCUUUAAUGAGGGAACGUCUGCCACCCUCUAGCCUUGAUCCAUACGAGUGCCCCCUUCCUCCUCCACCAGCCCCAGUCUCCUCAUACUAUGCUCGUGACCGGAGUCCGAUUCGGAGAGUCCCUGCCGAGUCAGAUGGAUAUACAUAUGAGCGUUCGCGCCUUUCACCAGUGCCCGCCCUCCCAAGAAGUACAGCCUUUGAGCAUCCGCGGGAUCCUGGCGCUGAGCGGGCACGUUAUACAUACUAAUCCUUGUCAUAUAUAGUCAGGUGAGAGCUGUCUGACAUUUAGUGAAUACGAUAGCCAGAGUGCCAUUGGAAUCUCUGAAAAUUAAGGUACAUGUCAUUUGUAAUAUUCGAGGAAAAGUCAGCCCUCUGUCUAUGUGAGGCGUGUGGGUAGUAGGAAUAAGGUGACAGUAGAGCUUCUCAAUCAUAAUAGCAACGAGUAGAUUUCAGUGUUGACGGUAAAAUGCACUGACGUUAUGAUGUGAUCCCAUUCCAGGUAAUACUUCAAAAUGCAGUACAACUAAUGCUCACUUGACCACCUUUCAUUGUCCCAUUUACAUGUUGUGGUGUUGGCUUGGCAGAAUUGUGGAAGUGCAGAUACUAGGUUUAUCUAUAAUCUGGUUGACAUCUAAUAUAAUACUGUAAAAACUGAAUUUUUGCCCCACUGGAAGCAGCUAUCUGUUUAUACAAGACAGUGAUGUUGUUUAUAUGUAGACAAAUUAACAUUGGUGCAUGGUGCAUGUUUUAAAGUUGCGUCUUAAGGUUAUAAGAAUUGAAUUCAAUAAAUUCUUUUUAGCCGCUACUAAUGUGUUACUAUGUGCAUUUUAGUGUAUUUGUGUUUGUGUAAGUUCACAUUAUUACCACAUCAGUGAAACUUUGGCAAACGAAGUUUGAAUAGUGUAUGCUUCAUUUCAUGUGGACUUAAAUGUCACACCUGUACCAAAUAUGGAUCUGCACAGUGUUAAAAAAAGUUACUUGUAUUUGGAUUAUACCAAUCCCUUUGUGAAAUUAAGUUGAAGAACUUUUUAUCAAGGUGCAUCGUGAUCAUGUUUUUGUUUUGUCAGUAGGCACUUACAUUAAAUUGAUUUUCACUGCUGUGAUAAAUAUGAGGCUUUACAUCUUGAACAUAUGUUGUAGUUUCAGAAUGACAAUUACCUCAAUUGCCUUUGCUGUCUAUCUUGAUUUCUAAGUAUCAGCUCAAAAAUAAAAUGUGUCUCAAGACUUA